UCACAAUAGAAAACAACAAAUUAAGUCCCCGGGUUUCAUGUUCUACCGUUCAAAGUAAAAGUAAUAACACUCUCUUCUUUAAAUAUCUUUCACGACUUCUCAACCUCAUCUUUCUCUUUCUCCGUUUACAAUAUGAGGCAAGUCAAGAUCGAUCUCUGGCUAGAGAAGAAGGAGGACAAAGAGAAAGAGAAAUACCCAAAAAACAAAAAACACAACAAGCUGAUACAUCUCACUCUCCUUAUCUCCUCCACAGUUUGUUUCCUCUUCUUAAUUCUCCACUUCCCCAUCACAACAGAGUUCAAAGUCUCACUCCCACGCAAAUGCAACCAAAACUUCACCGUCUACGUGUACGAUCUUCCCAAGGAGUUCAACAUCGGCCUACUCCAAAACUGCCGGCACUUGAACAUCUACACCAACAUGUGCCCUCAUGUCUCCAACAACGGUCUCGGUCAGCCUCUCCACCGCGGUGGAAGAACGUCAUGGUUCGCUACUCACCAGUUCAUAGCCGAGAUGAUCUUCCACGCGCGUGUGGAGAACCACCCUUGCCGCACGUGGAAUCCACACAAUGCGGAUAUCUUCUACGUCCCUUUCUACGGUGGCCUCUACGCUUCAAGCGUGUUCCGAGAGCAGAACCUUACCAAACGCGACGAGCUAGCCGUCAGACUAGUCGACUACAUUAGUGGUCAACGGUGGUGGAGGAGAAGCAACGGUCGCGACCACUUCUUGGCCAUAGGUAGGACAGCUUGGGACUUCAUGCGCUCCCCCGACACUGAUUUUGGAGCAAACAUCCUCAUGCAAAUGCCACGUGUCAUGAACAUGUCGGUGCUGACCGUAGAGAGGCAGCCUUGGAAAGGUGACAAUCACUUCGGUAUACCGUAUCCUUCUUAUUUCCACCCGUACACGUCAGCAGAGAUGGUGACGUGGCAAGACAAGAUGAGAAGAGUCGAGAGACCAAACUUGUUUAGUUUUGUCGGUGGGCCGAGGAAAGGGUUGGAGAAAGCCGCCAUUAGAGACGAGCUGAUCAGACAAUGCGCCGAUUCAAGCCACUGUGAGCUUCUCAAGUGUGAAAAUGGAGGGUCCAGGUGCCAUGACCCAAUGAACGUAUUAGGAGUAAUGACUCGGUCACGGUUUUGUCUACAAGCACCAGGGGACUCAUUCACGCGUAGAUCAACAUUUGAUUCGAUGUUAGCUGGGUGCAUACCGGUGUUUUUUUCACCACACACUAUGUAUACACAGUACAUGUGGUAUCUUCCAGACGAUAAAAGGAGUUACUCAGUGUUCAUGGACGAAAUUAACAGCACUCAAAUAGAACAAGAGCUGUUAAGUAUCUCGGAUAGUGAGGUUGCUCGAAUGCGGGAAACAGUCAUCGGUUUGGUCCCGAGCAUGACUUAUGCGCAUCCAAACGCUACUAACUAUGAUUUGCCAGAUGCGGUUGAUGUAGCUUUAGAGGCAUUAGCUAAGCAAGCAAGGGCCAAGGCUAUGGUUUCCUUGUAAUUGCCAUAUACUUUUUUUCUGCUUUCCAUAUGUAAUUAAUCCCAAAGAAUUAAUAAAGAAUUAUAAUUUUCAUCUA